GAGACGAGAGUACGACGUGAAGAUUGAAAGGAGUACGAAGGAGCUCUGAUCGAACAGAAGAAAGAGGCGAGUUGAUUGUAGGAUAAGGACGAGUGAGUGAGGUGAACGGAAGUAGGCGCAAUGGACCAAAGCGGCCAAGUUGGUGGAAACAACCAAGGAGGAGGUGGUGCUGGGUGGAAUGGAGGCGGAGGUGGGAACUGGGGACCACCACCACCAUGGUGGGGAAACUGGAACGGGGGUGGUAAUGGGGGAGGGAACGACGGAGACAACACGUGGGGAGGAGGAGGUAAUGAACCAUUGGGAGCACCAGUCGUCAAACUUAGUAAGGAGCUUGAAGAGUCGUUCGGCGCUAUGGCUUCCUUUUUUAAGUUAUCGUUAGAUGAGAAGAAUAGAGCGGAAGCAGCGAAAAAAGAAAAGGAGGAACGGAAGAAACGUGAUGAACAGGAGAGGAUUGAAAAAGUUGAGAUUACGAGAGCCGAGCUGGCAAAGAAAGAAGAGGAACAAAAGAAAGAGGCGGAUCGCGAUUGGACCAUUCCGAAAUUGUUCAGUGAGCAGCGGGUGUUCUUACAAAAAGAAGUCAAGAAGGCAGUUAACGAGGAGAUACACGACAUGGUUAAUAAAAAAGGGAAGAAAGUUAUGGAAGGGGAUGAGUGCGAAGAAUGGGAGGAAGAGCAGGAGGAGGAAGAGGAAGAGGAGGAACUGGCGGCAUCAAGGAGACGAAAGAGAGUACCCACACAGGAAAGGAAAAUGGAUAAUGGCUCUCCGAACGAAACUCCUCCGAAGGCAACACGUGGGAACUGUUCACGACAACCCGUUUUCCAAGUUGCCUCACCAGUGGAGCAGGAGAGGAAAGGAAGGGGUCGACCCAAGAAGAAGGAUACGGGCUCCUUGAUUAUGGAUCCAUGGGGAGGAGCACCGUGCUCGGCCGACUUCAGGAACAAGGUAAGUUAUGAAAUUGCGGUGGUAAAGUUUGUCGGAAAGAAGUUGUGUCCGAAAUUGAAGGAGAUGUGUAAGAAGGAAGGCGCUGCAUGGAGAGGGAAGAAGGAUGAAGCGGUGGAGGAAUUAGCUGAGUUAAGGGUUAUGCAAAGCGUGUUCGAGUCGCACGUGCACCUAGGCUCGGUGCAAUGAGCAGCCCGGGUGACCGUACCAGUUGGUCCGACUGAUAGGGCUAACGAGGUCGGCACGAUAGCGCUGACAGCCGGG